AUGGAUCUUUCUUGGUGUCCCGUAUGCGAUCGUCGGAUAUUUACUCUCGAAAACCUAUAUUGUAGCGAAGCAUGUAAACGAAAAGAUGCUAUCCGCUCUACAUCACUGGGUUGUAAAAAUUGCUCGGACCAAAAUUUUUAUGAAUUUUCAAGAUGUUCUUCACGAAAACCACAUCAGUCUCCGCAUAAUGAGUGUUCUCCGGCAUCAACGCCACGUGACGGUCCUAGUAAAAAUAUACGCAAGUUUAAAUUCGCAAUGUCGGACCUUAUUCCAUACAUAAUAUGGGAAAAGCAAGAAGGCUAUUUAUGUGCCCAACAUUGUAUUAAUUCCCUUCUUCAAGGAGAGUACUUUACAGCUGUUGACUUGAGUGAAAUUGCCAAAAACUUGGAUCAGGCUGAGCAUGCUGCUUUACAAGAGGGGGUUGAACAGAUACCAACUGGAUUGUUAGGGGAAAAUGCCUCAGCACAAAAAAGUCAAAACAUGGAUGAUUCUGGAUUCUUUUCAGUGCAAGUUUUGAGUCAUGCAUUGAAAGUGUGGAAUCUCGAACUUGUACCAGUUGGUUCAGAAGAAGGCCGUGAUUCAAAGAAAGCUCCAGAGGAUGAAGAAGCUUACAUAUGCAAUCUUCGCGAACACUGGUUUACUCUUCGGAAAUUCGGCGGGAUAAAAUCAAGAUGGUAUAAUUUGGAUUCUCUAUUUAAUGGACCUGAAUGGAUUAGUCAGAUUUAUUUAGGAAUGUUACUCAAACAGUUGGAAACUGAUGGUACGCUUCCAACAAGCCAAGCUGAUGAAUACGCUAUAUCACACCCGGAACCUUCAAAGGACCAUAGUUCUUACGACAGUGAUUUAAAUAUGGCAAUUGCAGCAAGCCUUAAAAGUGUUGAAACAGCUGGCCGUGCAGAGAAUUUAAAUAACACCCAUAAUCAAAAUCUUAAUUCAAAAGACUCAGCUAAUGAUGAACUGUCCAUUGAUGACUUGCGUGCAAAAAGGCUAGCAAGAUUUGAGAAUAAGAACGUUUAG